AUGAGGUUCCCACUGUUGUCUGCGACUUCCACUCUGGCCAUUAACCACUUCGAUGGUCGAGCCAAUGAAGACCCGUGGACACUGUCUGUCGCCCGCGGGACCAAACUCCUCCAAGGCAUGAAGGCCAGCGACGCCGAAGCUGCCACUCUCUACAAUCUAGGCACCACUGCCGAAAGCCCAUUCGACGGCGAUCUAAUCGAAAAACUCCGUGAAUGGGGCUACAACGAUGCGACCGAUGCUCUCGCCAAACAAGCAGACCCCGAAUGCAAUUUCGAUAGCCAGAAUGGACAUAUGCUGAAGAAAGCCUUUGGCGAUCUAAGCAUUGGGACACAGAGCAAGGGUCAAGGCGGCCCAAACCAAUGUUUCCUCAUCGAGCAUUUUGACAGUUCGGCUGUGCAGAAGGGUGACGAUGGCAAGAUGCCCGCCAAAGCCGACCAACGGUACGAGGUCUGCGACAAAGAAUACCGCGUCACGAAUGCGGAGCACACCCUUGGCGUCAACGCAGAAGAAGGCGCUGUAUACGCCAUCCAACUCUCUUCCGCUGCAAAAGCUGCACGCCGCCUAUGGAAACGCGCUCCCCUUGCCGAGGAGCUCCCUGCUAUACGCAGCGUCUCCGAUAUCGCAUGGGCGUUCUGGAAUCGCGUUCAUAUUGAUGCGGAGAGUUUGCAGAAUAUAAAGUACCUGUUCGUUACAAUGAUCAUCAACAAAGAAACAAACCAGCACGUCAAGCGUGCGCUGGGCACUCUGUCACCGCCGAAAGAGGACGUGGAAGGUUGGCCGGGACAUGACUUUAGCCUGGAGACGGACGCGGGGAAAGCGCUGCUGGGAAGUCCUGUUGGGCGGUGGGCUGGUUACUUCCUUAUGCAGCAUAAGAGACAGUUGGGUGGGAACAAGUUCAUCUCAAAAGUGAGAGUGUUCAAGUCGGAGAAAGACGGUAGUUGGCCGUACUUCCUAUUCUAUGUUGAUGGCGCCAUGGCGUAUGCUACGAGCGAGGGGAAGAGGAUUAGGAAUAUAGCCGGGGUAUCCAGCGAGCCGCGAAUAGUACAGAGAAGUGCGGAUGGAAGGCGUCUCGUUCGCGAGCAUGUUGUGAGAACGAGGCUGCCAAAGUCAUUAGGUUGAGCGUCGAGCGUUGCUUUCGGCCAUAAUCAUCGAACCUGGUGCGAUGCGCACCGACUUAAACAAACGUAUAAACAAACGCAGAGGAUUCGAUGUCGCCUCCAAAAGAAUCUCAGUGUAGAUAGUGCAAAGGUCCAUCUUCCCCAAGGCUGACUAACCCCCAUCGGCCCCAUCCGCGGCUGAACCUCCGAUGCGCAAAGCUUCAAGUACGUCAAU